UCAUAAUUCUCUCUUUUCUCUCUCUAUCUAUAGCGCGUUUUUCAUUUGUUUUCUCUUCUUCCAUUGCCCCAUCAUCUUCUUGUUCCUGUCACUGCGUCAAAGGCCACAGACGAGGAUUAGAUUAUAGACUCAAAAUCACACUUCAUAAGCCUACUUAUUUUUCUUUUUAUAUUCUCAAAUUCCCCUUUGAUUCGCUGGAUCCACAGAUCUAAUCUCUUCACUUUGAGAUCUUCCUUCUUCCUCAAUCAACUCCAAGGUCUCGUGGAGUCGGACUUUUUCAUAUUCGAACUCUUGAUUGAUCAAAUAGUUUUGCCGUGACUAGACUUUUAAUGUGCAUCGUUUGAAGAGGAAGAAGGCAAUUCAGAUUGGGUGAAGUUUUCUGUUCAGAAAGUUAUCCUUGAGUGCACAGUAAAUGUGGAUGUUUUGGGGGGUGGUUUGGAAGAGAUGAGGGAUGUUAUCGGGGUUAAUGAACUUUUUGAAGGCCUGUUUUCGGCCAAGGGCAGACGGGUUCGCUCAGAAAGGCUCGGAUGCCAAUGGCCGGCAGGAUGGACUUUUGUGGUAUAAAGACUCGGGGCAGCAUUUCAAUGGGGAGUUCUCAAUGGCUGUAGUUCAAGCAAAUAAUUUACUAGAGGAUCAAAGCCAGCUUGAGUCUGGUUGUCUGAGCACGACUGAGUCCGGACCUUAUGGCACCUUCGUGGGGGUUUAUGAUGGACAUGGAGGUCCUGAAACCUCCCGGUUCAUCAAUGAUCACCUCUUCCCACAUCUAAAGAGGUUUGCGGCGGAACAUCAAUCGAUGUCAGCAGAAGUUAUUCGUAAGGCAUUUCAAGCAACCGAGGAUGGUUUUCUCUCAGUUGUCAGCAGACAAUGGCCUACGAGACCACAGAUUGCAGCGGUUGGCUCUUGUUGUCUUGUAGGAAUAAUCUGCAGUGGAACUCUCUAUAUUGCGAAUCUUGGCGAUUCCCGUGCUGUUCUAGGGAGGCUUGUCAGGGCUACAGGGGAAGUACUUGCUAUUCAACUCUCAGCUGAGCACAACGCAAGUUUUGAGUCAGUGAGACAGGAGUUGCAGUCUUUGCACCCUGAUGAUUCACAUAUCGUAGUUUUAAAACAUAACGUGUGGCGCGUGAAGGGUCUUAUACAGAUCUCAAGAUCAAUUGGAGACGUGUAUUUAAAAAAGGCUGAAUUCAACAGAGAGCCGCUAUUUCAGAAAUUCCGACUGCGUGAACCUUUCCAAAGACCUAUUUUGAGUGCAGAUCCUGCAAUCGCUGUGCAAGAGUUGUUGCCUGAUGACCAAUUCAUUAUAUUUGCAUCUGAUGGCCUCUGGGAACACCUUUCCAACCAAGAAGCUGUUGAUCUAGUCCAAAAUCAUCCACGCAAUGGGAGCGCUAAGAGAUUAGUGAAAGCAGCAUUGCAAGAGGCAGCAAAGAAAAGGGAGAUGAGGUAUUCAGACUUGAAGAAAAUCGACCGUGGAGUUCGUCGUCAUUUCCACGACGACAUAACAGUAGUGGUGGUGUUUGUUGACUCUCAUCUUGUGAGUAGGGCUAGUUCAGGGCGGAGUCCCAACAUAUCUGUGAAGGGGAGUGGCAUCACUAUUCCUGCGAAUUCACUGGCGCCUUUCACGACCCCAGCAGAACCCGUGGCAACUUGACAAGGGAAAACUCUGUCUCUGAUUUGUUUCACCUGAUGAAUGAAUACACAGGUAGCUUCUUGAGCAGCCCCUUGAAUUCUUUAAUGUACACUGUAACUUUUAACCCCAAGACUACUAGUACACUGGAAUCCUAUCAUACUUACGCUUUCUGGGCAGCUUUUUGCCUUUAUUUGAUCUUGGCUCCACUUCUGUAAAUCCCCCAUGUUUCUCAUAGAGACCACUUUAUCAACAGAUUAUAUCUGAAACUCCCCAUACCUAAAAGUUUUCUUUUUA